AUGGAAGAGACGAUUUUCAGCUUAGGCGACAUGUCAUUAGUUGAAUCGACCUCUUCUCUCAAUGAUCCGCAAACGAAUGGAUUACAUCAAAAGGUUAAGGUCUACUACUAUAUGGAUGAGAAGAAAACCCCGUACGUUGUCGAGAUUGCCGACUCGUCUGGUGAAGUGACGCUAGGAGACUUUCUAAAAGUUUUCUCCUUUGCAACUCGAGGCUACAAAUACUUUUGCAAAGCAUUGGACAAGGAUUUGGGAUGUGAGGUGAAAGUCGAGCUGCCCGAUGAACACUCGAAAUUGCAGACAUCGGCCAACGGAUUGUACGAGCUCUUUUUGCUCACUUUACAAGCAAACGGCUCGGGAACAUUGCCCAGACACUCUGGAACAUUACCGCGUAAAGGAGUGACGAAAGAUUACAUGUCAUUGGAGACACAAAGAGUACCGAUGCGUCGCCGGCGAUCUCUCGAAGCGAUCAACUCGAAUUUGGGCACUUCCGUCCCGUCGUUGAGCAGUCGAGGCACCGUUUUGAGCAGACGAGCUGGCGAACAUCUAGCCGAGUUGUAUACAUCAAACUCCGAGGAUCCAUAUCAAUACGAUGAGAAUUCGAGAGAACGCUCGUCAAUGUACGACACAGUGGUGAAGCCGGAGGAGCGACGAAAAAGGAAACCAAGAAAGGAAAGAUAUCGGAAAGCCUAUGUUCCGAGCACGAUCAGCAGUAUGACGGGAAGCAGUAGAACUUCUUUGACACUACCGCAAAUUCUGGAAGUACAUCUGCCGCUGAAUGAAAAUCGAUUCCUUGGGAUUAGCGUAAUCCCACUGAAUGGAGGCAUCAUUGUGACGAAUGUUAUGAGAGAUAGUGUCGUUGCGCAAGAUGGUCGAAUUGAGGCCGGUGAUCAAAUCGUUUCGGUGAAUCAACAAUCGUUGGAGCAUCUCUCCGAUCAGGAGGCGAUCGCUUUGCUGAGAAAGGUGGCCGCUGAUAAGAAGCCAUUGACUUUGUACAUUGCCAAGAUGAGCCCCAGCGACUCGUACACGGAAACGUUGACCACUUUGACGGCAGCCGAUCAAACUAUGCCAUUGGAUAUACCGACUUGGGUGACGACUGCGGUGCAGUACACGGAAAGGUACAGGGAAGGAUUGUUGCCAGAUGAGACACAAUCGGAAAUCGAUCGAACUUUCGGCGAGGGAACGCUCGAUCCCGAAACCGAUGAUGAAGAGAGAAGAUUGUACUAUGAGCGACGAAACGGUGCCCCGUUGCCUCGGUCAUUGCAAGAAGAAGCGGAAAGACGAAGGGAAAAUGAAAGAAAUCAACAAAUGCUUCCGUGUGUGCCAAAAGACGGUUUGAUGCCCCGUUUAUCAGUGACAAUGGAUCCGGCUGUGAUCAUUCGUGCGGCCGCUCGCACCGACUCCGGCUUGGUGGUGAAAAAUCGUAAAUGGUUGAAGAUUUUGAUGCCACAAUCGUUUAUUGGUAGCGAUUUCGUUGAUUGGCUCCUUGAGCACGUUGAAGAUAUCCGGGAUCGGAAAGAGGCUAAAAAAUAUGCAACUAGUCUCUUCGAAAGAAAAUACAUCAAACAUAUCAUCAGCAAAAUCAGCUUCACCGAGAAAUGCUACUACGUGUUUGAAGAAGCGUACUCGGGACGAGUUGGCUCGGAUUGUGCGCCGAAUACGAGCGGAGGGACCGCCAAAGAGGCGACCACUGAGGUCACCUACAUCAGCAGCCCUGGCCUAAAGGGUAGACUGCAAGGAAUGAGCGGCUUUCAUCCGGGGAAAUUCCACGUUCGUGGAAUCGCCGACAUGACACCGGGAAUCGAUAUGACACAACAGACGUGGCCUUUCUCGCCGAUCACCAACUACGAUAAUCGACCAAUGAAUGGGCGUUUGAGGGAUUGCGAGAGUCCAAAUACAAACGACUACGCUUCGAUGGUUGGCGAGAGUGUUUUCGUGGUCCCGCAGACGUCCAGAGGCACACUACCAACGAGGGCUCAUCCAUCCGGUUCAUCGCGUGUCCCUCCACCAGCCAACACACCGCAUUGUGGCUCUUCUUUGCUCGCCCCGCCCCAUCCAUCGCCGGCUGAAACCGAAUUCGAAGACGAUGAUCGGCGACGAAUCUUGAACAGCUCA